AUCGCUAAUGUCAGUUCCCCCCACCCCCCGAUUUUAUUUCCAGAAGUUGGGAUAUCCAAAGAGGAAGCUUUAGAAACUCUACAGAUCAUAAGAAGAGAAUGUCUCGCAGAUAAACCAAGAUGUGCUGGUACUUCCGUGACAGUCAAGAAGUGCACAGCCCUGGAACUUCUUGAACAGGAACACACCCAGGGCUUCAUAAUCACCUUCUGUUCAGCCCUAGAUAACAUUCUCGGGGGUGGAAUACCCCUAACGAAAAUGACAGAAGUUUGUGGUGUACCAGGUGUUGGGAAAACACAAUUAUGUAUGCAAUUGGCAGUGGAUGUGCAGAUUCCAGAAUGUUUUGGAGGAGUGGCUGGUGAGGCAGUAUUUAUUGACACAGAGGGAAGUUUUAUGGUUGAUAGAGUGGCAACCCUUGCAACUGCCUGCAUUCAACACCUUCGCCUUAUAGCAGGAGCACACACGGACAAAGGUGAGUUAGCACAAAGUGCUCCUUCUGUACGAGAAAGACAGUUUGUAUUUGUGCCAUUUCAGACUUCAGUAAGAGGUUGUCCCAAACUUGAAGCUUCUGCCUGUGUGCAGUUAGUGAUAAUCGAUGGCAUUGCUUUUCCUUUCCGCCAUGACUUUGAUGAUCUGUCCCUUCGUACGCGGUUACUGAAUGGCCUGGCCCAACAAAUGAUCAGCCUCGCAAACAAUCACAGAUUAGCUGUUAUUUUAACAAAUCAGAUGACAACAAAGAUUGAUAAAAGUCAAGCAUUACUUGUUCCUGCAUUAGGGGAAAGCUGGGGGCACGCUGCUACGAUAAGGCUUAUUUUUCAUUGGGAACAAACGCAAAGAUUUGCAACAUUGUACAAGUCGCCAAGCCAGAAGGAGUCCACAAUACCAUUUCAGAUCACACCUCAGGGAUUUCGAGAUGCUGCCAUCACUGUUCCUUCGUCACAGGCAGGAGCGUCUUUGAAUUUCCGGAAACGGUCACGAGAACAGGAGGAAGAGUGCUGACCCAAAACUAAUCUCAGUAGAGACUCGCCACAUGAUAUUCAUUGUAGUACAUAUAAGUUUUUGAUACUCUUUAAAUAUAAGCACAUAUUCUUUAAAAUAUAGACACAUUCACUCAUGCCAUGAGUGAAUCAGAAUUAUUUGAUAUGAAUGGGAAAUAGUUACAGACUCUUCUGGGAAAAAAUUUAUUUUUUCUGUAUGCAUAUGCCAUGGUGUACUUGUAGUAAGAGGACAACGUGGGGAGUCAAUUUUCUACUUCCACUUUCUUUUUUAAUUUAUUUUUAUUUGUAUGGGUGUUUCCUGUGUGUGUGUGUGUGUGUGUGUGUGUGUGUGUGUGUGUGUGUGUGUGUGUUCAUGUGUGUUCGUUCACUAUGUGUGUGCUGGUGCCUACAAAAGCCAGAGUAGGUUGGUGGAUCCCCUGGAAUUGAAGUUAAAUGAUACUGAGUCACCAUGAAGGUGCUGGGAACCAGACCCCAGCCUUCUGCAAGAGCCAAAAAUAUUCCCUAAUGCUGAGCGGUGGGGUGGUGGUGCACGCCUUUAAUCCCAGCACUUGGGAGGCAGAGGCCAGUGGAUCUCUUCGUGUGAGGCCAACCUGGGCUACAGAGUGAAUUCCAGGACAGCCAGGGCUAUAUAAAGAAACCCUGUCACUGAGGGAGAAUCCAGUCUUUUUUUUUUCUGCUUACUGUCUCCAGUUGGUUUGGACAAACAAGUCUACCUGGCAGAUGGUGGUUGGGUUUGGAUUUCAUCUUAGAGUUAGAGUGUAUGAUAAAUUAAAAAGAUACAGAUUUUCUUUUAUUUCAUGUCAUCAAUAUGAUUACCCUUUCUGGUAAUAGAUGUACAUACAUGAAUAUUGAUAGUAUGACUUCAUCUAUCAAAAUAUAAAGUUAAAAUAUAAAGUAGCCAUCAAAGAUUAAUGUGGCUAAAAGUUUGCUUCCAGGAAGGUAUUAUUGGAAGGUAAUAGAAACUAAGAAGUAGGGCCUUAUGGGAAAUCUUUAGAUCAUUUUGAGGGUGUACUUCGGAGAGGAUUGUGGGACUCCAGGUCUGUUUUUUCUCUUGCUUCCUGGUCUUGAGGUGAACAGUUUGGUCUUAUCAUCUGGCAAACCGACCAGAGACCUGGAAGCACUGAGUUUGUCUGAUCAUGGGCUAUAACCUCUAAAACUGAGCCAAAAUAAACCUUUUAUCUCAGCUAUUAUAGUGAUGAAAAGCUAAUACAAAUAGAUUUGUAUGCACGCAGAAAUAUUUUCAAGAUUUAUGAGUGUUUUGCCUGCUUGUGUGUCUGUGUACCAUGUCUGUAAAGCACAGGAGAGAAUGUUGGAUCCCCACGAACUCUUACAGGCAGUUCUGAAAUACCAUGGAGGUGCUGGAAACUGAAUUUAAGUCUUCUGUAAGAGCAGCAGUGCUCUUAACUGCUACAUCUUUCUAGUACCCCAGUGUGACUUUUUUUUAAUAAAUGGUAUAAUAAUGGGUUUCAUGA